AUGAAUAUAAGUGGUGUAUGUGGUUAUCUCUGGGUAACUUGUUCUGAAUUAAAUGCAUGCGACCGUAAAACUAAUAAUUGUUAUGAACCUGGUCAUGUAUGUGUUGAUCAUCCACGAUGUUUUAGCCAUCCUGUUUGUUAUCCAUUGUCAAAGAGUCAACAACGAUUUUGUCCGCCGAUACCAGGUCUUCCAAAACCUGGUGAUGGUAUUUGUGCAACUGCAACUUGGGCUCAAAAUGGAACUAUUGUUGCUGGUGGUAAUGAUUCAGGAUCUGAGCUUAAUCAGUUAGCGCUUCCUAAUGGAAUUUUCGUUGAUGAUAAUCAAGCAGUUUAUGUAGCAGAUUUUGGAAAUAAUCGUAUAGUCAAAUGGGAUCGAGGAGCUUCAACUGGUCAGCUUGUUGCAGGUGGCAAUGGAGUGGGCCACAAUGAUAAUCAGUUAUAUGAUCCAGAUGAUGUUGCCGUCGAUCGUAAUGGAACAAUGUAUAUUAGUGAUUUUAUGAAUCGUCGUGUCCAACAAUGGUUUCGAAAUGCUCCAAGUGGACGUUCCAUUCUUACAAAUAUAACUGCCACUGGUGUAGCACAAGAUGAAAGAGGAUCAAUUUAUGUAGCUGAUAUGGACAAGGGUGAAUUAAUUAAGUGGAGUACUGGUCAAACGACUGGAAAACUAAUUGCUUCAGGACUUCCUGGUGUUGUAAGACCGUGCACUGAUCGAUGUCCAUCUAUUUAUGCUGCCGAGAUUGUUAAACACCAAGUCCUAAAAAUAGAUCUCGAAACAAAAGAAAUUGUUCGUGUUGCUGGUGGUUCUCCGGGUCAUGGUCUUGACGAAUUAUUAUUUCCAAAUAGUGCUAUUGUUGAUCAAUUGGGUAAUGUCUAUGUGGCUGAUACUGAUAAUCAUCGAAUAGUUCGAUGGGCACCUGGAGCCAGAUCAGGCAGUGUCGUCGUCGGUGGUCGUGGUGCAGGUUCUCAAUUAGAUCAAACUUCGAGACCCAUCGAUUUAUCAUUUGAUCUUGAUGGAAAUCUUUAUGUAGUUGAUGCCAAUUAUCGAGUACUCAAAUUUCUUAUCGAUCGUAGCUCAUGUCAAUGA